UUCCUGUCUUGCUUUCCAAGCAGAAAUGAACAGCUUAAAAUGCAGUUAAUUUAAUAUAAAUUCUUCAUGGAAACUUGUUCUCAUCUAUCAAAAUGUCGACCAAAAUGGAGCAAUUGUUCCAUCAUUAACCCCCAGAAAUGGAUGUGCUACAUAUGUGGCACAACAGAGAGUGUCUGGGCUUGUUUAAACUGUCCAAAUGUGGCUUGUGGGAGAUUUAACCAAGAACAUGCCUUAAAACACUUCAGCGACAACAAGCAUCCUUUGUGUAUAGAAGUGAAUUCUAAGUAUGUCUACUGUUACCUCUGUGAUGAUUACGUUAUUAAUGAUAAUGCUGCUGGGGACCUUAGGACAAUCCGCAGUGCUCUGAGUGCCAUUGCUACCCAAACCUUCUGUGAUGUGGAGACCAAAGGCAUCAAAUUAUUGCGGUCCUACUCCCAUACUGCCAUAACUUCCACAUACACAUCCAAAGAAGAUGACAAAAUUGCUACAGCAGACUGGCACAGAAGACAAAAGGUCCUUGGGAAGACUUUUGCAGCAUGGCGAGCAUUGAUUUUGGAGGAAAAGAAUAAAAAGACCCCCCAAAAAAAUCAACGCCAAACACAUGUGUCUUCACCAUUAAGCCCAUUUCUACGAAAGCGUACACUAAUCCCAGGAAUUACUGGUCUGCGUAACCUUGGUAACACUUGUUACAUGAAUUCAAUCUUACAGAUCCUCAGUAAUUUAGAACAAUUCCGCGAAUACUUCAUGCAUUUGGAGACACCAUCUUCCAAGAGUGACAUGUCCUCCACCCCCACCUCUACUGCCCCAUCUCCCUCUCCACGGGCAUCAGCCAGGCUACUGUCUCGCCAGUCAUCAAUCAAAACACCUCACCUCAGUCGUCAGUCUACAGUGGAAUGCUUUCAGCAUUUAAUGACACCCAGCCAGUCUAAGAAUAGCAGCACAAAGAAAGGAGGACUAAGUGGGGGGUCCACAUCACGCAUGUCUGUCCGACGCCAGCUUAUCUGUACAGUGGAGGCCCAGAAUUCUUCUGCAGACAAAAUCUUUCUUCACCAAGAAUUGAAUGGUCUGUUCCGUGUGUUGUGGUCAGGACGAUGGGCACAGGUCAGUCCUCAUGCCCUUCUACAGGCUGUUUGGCUGGCCAUUCCCACCUUCAAGGGCUAUGCCCAGCAAGAUGCUCAGGAAUUUCUGUGUGAACUAUUGGACAAAGUACAACAAGAACUUGCUGUCAUCAAUGGUGCUGAAGAUAUUGUUAAUGAAACAUUCCAGGGAGAACUUGUCAGUCAGGUUACCUGCUUAAAGUGUAAGAAAGUAUCAGAAACCCAUGAACCUUACAUGGACUUGUCACUAGAAUUUCCCGAACGUUAUCAAAUCACAAAGGAAAAUUUCAAAGUGGCACAGGAUAUGUGUCAUGUAACAGAGAUGUUGGCAAAGUUCACCGACAUUGAGAAAUUAGAGGGAAAGAUUUAUUCAUGUGAAAAGUGCAAUAAGGGCAGACGGGGUAAGAGUCCAACAAAAGUGGUGUAUACAGAGGCCCAGAAACAAAUCCUGGUAAAGAAAUUACCUAAUGUCCUUCGUCUUCAUCUGAAGAGGUUCAGGUGGUCAGGACGUUUCCAUCGAGAGAAGAUUCUGACACAUGCUGCUUUUGACGAGAUGUUAGACAUGAAGCCAUUCUGUGUCUCUGAUGAGGAAGGGAAGGACAGCUACCAGUACCAACUACAAGGUGUGGUCAUUCACCAUGGAAAGGGCUUCGGCUGCGGACAUUAUACAUCCUAUUGUUGGAGUGUAGAAGGAGAUUCUUGGGUGGACUGUAAUGAUGCUAGAAUGCGACUUUGUCAACUAGAGGAUGUUCUGCUAAGUCAAGCUUAUAUACUAAUCUACACAAAAGUUGAGCAGACAAACAACAAUGCUUGUUCACUGGAAUCACAACUCACAGAUUCACAAAUGACAGACUCACAAAGCACAGUGACCUCAGAAAGUACAGACAUCUAUAGUCUUAAUGGAAGUGAGUUUACUCCUCCUCUGAGACGGCUCAACUCCUCACAAAUAAUAGACAAGGAAAUAACUUUCAAUUUCCUGACACCCGUCAUCAACUCAGGAGCUCCAAUCUCUGUGGGCAUAAAACGAGCAAGUCGUGACAGUGACCAGAACAUCAGUAAACGUGUGGUUAAAAGGCGAAGAUCCAUGUUGUGGUGAAGAGUCAUGACAACGACCAAACAUCAUGAAUGUGUGCUUGAAAAAAACAACGAUCCAUGUUAUGGUGAAAAAAGUAUUUGAUCGUGGAAUAAAGAGAUAGUUGUUCUGGGUCAUUUAAAUCAUUUGAUAUUCCAGCAGUCAAUGCAAUUGUCUUCAAUUUUACACGUGAGUGUAUUCUUAAAAUCAAAACAGUGAUGUUGUUCUGAUGAUUUCAUUACUGACUAUGUACACAAAUAUCAGUAAUUUUAACUCUUUUUAGAUGCAAGUGAAAUUUUAUAUUAAAACCCAUCGCAGAUUUGGAUGAAAAUGAUAUAUGUCCUCAAAAAAAAUAUCUUAUUUAUAAAUUUUUAUCACAUGUAAGAAGGUUGUAUUUCUCAAGUGAUGAAGGUUGAUAAGUACAAUAAAAUCAUUCAUUUUCAAAGGGCUCAUAUUUUGUGAUUUUCCAAAAACAUAUUGACACUUGAUUUUGUAGAUAAAUCUUGCACACAAAAUCCACUAGCACAAUAAUCCAUGUCAACUUUUAUCUCUAUUGUUUUGUAGACAUAUAAAUUUUUUGGAUUUAAGAAUUUCCAUGAAUUCAAGAAAAACAAAACCUCCAUGACAAUUAAUGAUUUAACAAUAUAUAUAGAAAAUUCCAAUAUCAAAAUCAGUAAGAAAAUUUCCUGAUAGUGAAAUAAUUCUAUAUUCCAUGAAUAGGUCAGAUAUGUUGAUUGCAAAUUUGACAGGCUGGUUAUAGUGUCUUGAGACCCACAAAACUAGCCAAAUUUUUUCACCUUUUGCAGCACUAUAAUCCUGAUAGGUACAGAUAUAAUGAUAUGGAUAAUAAUUCUGAUUUCUUUUAGUAUUGAAUAUUUGAUUAUUAAUAUCUAUAUUCUGACUGAAAAUAAAACCCAUUUCUUGCCAAUUGUCAGGUGAAUUUUAGUUGAUAAAUCCAUUUUCAGCACUUCUGGUGCAUUUUACGUGAUGUUCAUUGUUCUGGGAAGAUAGUGUACACAUUUUUAAUUUGUGUCUGUUAACUCUUCACAUUAGGGUCAUAUCAAAUGUCAAAACAAAUUCCAGAAUCUUAUUACCAUUUGCAAAUAUAUUAGCUGUGGAAUACUUUUCAAAUGACAGGAAGUUAAAAAAAUAAUCAGUCAUUCAAUGAUGAUGUAGAUGUAAAUUAUAGCCCUUAAGGCAAAACCUCAAGUUCAAUCUGAAAACUAUUAUGCACAUGUUAAUAUUUCUCUUUCUGCAUUAAAUAGGAGUUGACAUUCACUAGUAAAUCCGAAUAGGUACUAAUAUCAAAGCAUGUGUGUAUCCCACAUGCCAGGGAAUACAGAGUCCAUUUAAUUUAGGGACAGGUCUUCCACUCCUUUCAACAGUUCAGAACAAUUACUACCUAAUCCAAAUUCCAGACCACACAACUUUUCUCAAUCACCUGGUUCAUCAGUCGACAUUAAGUUUAGAUAGUCUGCAAUAUUUUCAUGACAUUUGUUAUCUUUGUAUUUUAAAAGUUUAAACAGACCAAUAUUUUUGUGAAAAUAGUCUGAUGAUUAUCAACAAACCAAUCAAUUUGUAAAAACAAGGCACCUAAUUUUCUA